GGCAGCAGCUGGUCUCGGUGUAAACAAGUCGAGGCGGCUGCGAACCGGGCCGGGGGGGACGGCGCCCAUCAGGAGCGCCCCCCACUCCCAGGCCAGGCUACCCCGCGGACCGGGCCCCCCACGCGCCCAGGCGAGGCACUGGGCUCCCUCUGCUCCCCGUGGGCCGCUCCCCGCGUGGGGCCACUGCCCUUGGCCCCCGCCAUGGUGCGGAUUUCCAAGCCCAAGACGUUUCAGGCCUACUUGGAUGACUGUCACCGGAGGUAUAGCUGUGCCCACUGCCGUGCUCACCUGGCCAACCACGACGACCUCAUCUCCAAGUCCUUCCAGGGCAGUCAGGGCCGUGCCUACCUCUUCAACUCUGUGGUGAAUGUGGGCUGCGGGCCAGCAGAGGAGCGGGUGCUGCUGACAGGUCUUCAUGCUGUCGCUGACAUCCACUGCGAGAACUGCAAGACCACUUUGGGCUGGAAAUAUGAGCAAGCCUUUGAAAGCAGCCAGAAAUACAAAGAGGGGAAGUACAUCAUUGAACUCAACCACAUGAUCAAAGACAACGGCUGGGACUGAGCUAGCUCCUGACGCAUGUGGCUUCCUCCGGGCCUGGCCGCCAGGGGGAGCCACUGGUAUCGCUCCUCCUGAAGGGAGCUCUGGACCCUCAGGGCCCCCACAGGGGAAGCAUCCAGCUCCUGUACAUAUAUUUUAUUGCAUGCACUGUGACCUUGGGGGGGAGACCAGGAGGGGGACUGCACCCCCAGUACCUCCCUGCGAUCUGGCUGGCUUGGAUCUCAUUUUUUAACCCCUUCCUGUCCUGCCUGUCCCAUAGAUACGGCCUGUGCGCUGCUCUCAUGGCCCCGGUGCACUACCUUCCUGUGAACUCCCACUGGAUCCCUCUUACCCGCGGCGUGUCUGUUCUCGUUCUGUAGCGUUUGUAAAUAAUAAAACAAUGAAAUGGA